AACGGUCAAUAAAAUGUCAGUCCCAUUUUGACAUAUUCGUUAUUUCUUGACGUACAAAAGUUUGUAGGUUAUGGUUUGUAUUUAUUUAAUAAAAGAAUAGGACUAUUCAAGUCAAGAAUUACACAUAUUAAGCAAAAUAACAAUGAAUACAUCCACUGUAUUAAAAUUAGUACAGUCUUCAAAUAUUCUGGCAAAAUGUUCUCCGGUGUUAGCGUCGCAAUUUCAUACAUCAUCAGCGCUAUGCAGAGUAGUUUCAGGAAAAUAUAGAAUAACUAAAAAGAGAGACAGGCCGCUAACCUAUGAAAUGGCAAAUGCACCUCACUAUAUCGCUCACCGAAAGUCUUGGAACUCAUGGAAUACUUCGAGUUUAAAAGAUGGUCUUAGAAAAUCAGAAACGGCAGUUGAAGAUGAGUUCAUCAGGAGAUUUAUGAAUGGAACCUGGCAUGGUCUCGUUUGUAGCGAGAUUAUAAUAAAAAGGCAGUUUAAUCACAUAAGGAUUGCAGCCAUUGUAAGACGUGCUGUCUCCCCGACCAAGAUGUAUUUCCUGAUAGGCUACUCUGAGGAAUUAUUGUCAACGUGGAUACAAUGUCCAGUGACGUUGGAACUUCAAACAGUAGACAGCUACAAAGAUGUCAUAUUCAAAUACAUUUAAAUCUUUAAUGUUGUUAAUUGUGUGUAAUAUAGUUAGAAUAAAUAAAGAUUGAUUGUAA